AAUCAGCUGUUUUUUCACGUGUGUUGUGUAUUUUUCACCUGCAAGCAUUGUAUUUGUGGGUUAAUUAUUUGAUUUGUUGUUUAAAAAUGAUAAGAAAUAGUUUUGAGGACUUCUCCAGUGAUAUAUUUUUCUUCCUAACUGGAAAAGAACCUAGCCAGAAGAACCAAUUGAUAAAACGACACACGGAACACCUGCAUACUCAGGGCGACUGCAGUUUUCCCAACACAUUGAAAUCGUGGCACGAAUACGUGAGAAAAGACGGAAAAAGCAUUUGUGGAGAAAAUGUAACUUUACUAAAAUAUAUAGGAAAAACAACUGAUGAUUUGAUAGCCGCUAGUAAACAAUGGCAUUUGAAAGUGACUAAAAUUAAAGAGGUUAAAGAUCGUAUACAUUUAUUCUUCGAUAGACCAAGCACUAUCCAGCAAGGCUUAGCAGAGAGUGUUCGGAACCACGAUAUAUUGAAAACUAGACUCUCGGAGAAAGUAUCCACAGUACAAACUGACCCACUUUGCACCCAAACAGAUGACUUAACCUCAUUAAGGCUUCAAUGCCUAUCAACAGCAAUAGAGAAUCUAAAUGCUGUCUCCAAUCUAACUUGUAGUGUAAUGAUGACAUCUAAGUCUUCCAGUAGUGCACCGGAGGGCACUAGGUUAGUCUUGGCUGGAACAGUCCUUAAUGCAAAGACGGGAGUCAAAGAGAGUACUAUUACGGCUGAGGAGUAUAACAGACUCCGGCACAAUGAGAUGACACUAAUAGCACAACACAAGUAUGGAGUGCGGGCAACUGCAGACACCAAGCUGAAACAGUUUAUAGAACACCUCGGCCAAUCAGCAGUGGUCUUUGAAUUGUUGCAAAUAAAGCCCUCCAGUGCUAUCAAGAUCAAUUUUGAUAAUGCAGCUUCUGGAUCUAGUAAAGGUGCAGCAUUUGUGCUGUACAACUGUGCACGACUAGAGACAAUGAUCCGAACCUACAAUGACAAGGUGAAGGAAGGAGUCUACCCCGCUCUGCCUCCAUUUGAGGAGGCUGACUUCACAUUACUCAAUCAGGAGGAAGAAUGGGUCCUAAUAUACAACUACAUAAUGGGUCUCCCUGAAGUCCUGAACAUGAGUGUGGACAACAAUGGCCGCUCGGUUGAGUACCGGCCGCACCACAUCUGUAGCUUCCUGUCCUCUAUGGUACGGGUCUUCAGCCAGUACUAUAGAAAAGUACGCGUUUUGACGGAGCCGCGGAAACAUUUAUUGCCUGUGAUAUUUUCCCGAGUCCACAUGCUGAUAAUACUAAAUCAAACAUUAAAAAUCUGUUUAAAUAUAUUGAAUAUUAAAAGCGUCACGCAAAUGUGAAAAAGGAGGUA